AUGACUUUCAUCUUCAUAGUCCUGCUCUAUCUGGGGCUGAAUCUGGGCCACGAGACCUCAGUGUUGGCAGGGACUCCCCCCAAGCCAACCCUCAGUGUUCAGUCAGGAUCAGUGGUUGCCAGACGGAAGCCGGUAACCAUCUCAUGUGAGGUGACCACAGGGGCCCGGGAAUAUCGUCUUUACAAGGAGGGAGGUCCACAUCCCUGGCGCACACAGAACACACUGGAGGCCACAAACAAGGCUGAGUUCUUGAUCCCAUCAAUUGAACAACAGUAUGGAGGGAGAUACCGAUGUUACUAUAAGACCGCUGCUGGGUGGUCAGAGCACAGUGACCCUCUGGAGCUUGUGGUGACAGGACUCUAUAGUAAACCCAGCCUCUCUGUCCAACCCAGUAGCGUGGUGACCUCAGGAGAGAAUAUUACCUGCCAGUGUGGCUCACAGCUGGGAUUUAGCAGGUUUGUCCUGACUAAGGAAGGAGAACAGAAGCCCUCCUUGAUACUCGAUUCAGUGUUUAUAAACUCCACUGGGCAAUUCCAAAGCUUGUUUCCUGUGGGUCCUGUGACUCCCAGCCAGAAAUGGACAUUUAGAUGUUACGGCUACCAUGCUAUCAGCCCCCAGGUGUGGUCAGAACCCAGUGAUCCCUUGGAAAUACAUGUCUCAGAAGCAGUUGAGCCCCUCAGGCUAUCACCAAACAUAUCAGACCCAAAGACAGUCUCACAGCCCCAGGAUUACACAAAGGAGAAUCUCAUCAGGAUUGGGGUAUCUGUCUUGGUCCUUGUACUCCUUGGCAUUCUUCUGUAUGAAGAUCAGCACAGCCAAAGACGGAUCCAAUACACAGCCAGUAGAGAAAAUAGUGCAUCUGUCAAGGUGGCAGAGACCUCAGAAUAA